CUACUUCCCCUUCUGAUCAUGCAAAAGCUGAAGCACAAACCCACUGAAGGCUAUUAAAGACCGGCACUGUUACUGAUGUCAGUCUUUGGCAUUAUCAGCAGCGGACACUGUUAGCACCAUGGAUCUGAAGGACUCUCUGGUUAAGGGAGGCGUGUUGAUCGCCCACCAUCUCCACGAAGGAAAGCACCAGUAUGAUGUGAAAAAUGUGAUGAAACGAGCGAGUGGAGGAAAAGCAUUUGUCAGGAGAGGAGACAAGUUGAUGCAGAUAAACGGCAUGGACCUGCAGGAUCUCACACCUGAGGAGUUGGCACAAUUGUUAGCUAAAGAUAAUCCAAUGCUGACGGUGCACAAGGCAAGCAGGAUGGAGCACACUGAGCAGUCCUUCCCAGCUGAGGACACUUUACAUCCCUUCUCCAAAGAAUCCACAAUACUCCGAUUCAGCAUGGAGAUGAGGAGGGAGACAGACUUGGAGAAUGAAGUGGGUCAGGAGGGAGAAGUAAAGGAGGACGUGGGUAUAGAGGAGGACAUUUGCCAAGCAGAAAAUGAGGUGAAUGGGGAGAGGGGGGACCUGCUCAUUGUUUCCAUGAAGAAAACCAGCAUCUCUGUGGUGACAGGGAGGGGCUGCAACAGCGGGAGCCCCUGUAAGGGAUGUCAUGGGACAGGAUGUAACUUUAAUGAUGUUGUCUUGGUGGCUGAAUCCAGCAAGGUGGUGCUUGUUCCAAGAGGAGGUGACAGUAUGAAACAGAUAAAGUCGCUGACGAGUCCAAUCGAACAUGUGGUCUCUCACUAUUACCUGAGAGCUGUCUGUCCGCAAAGCACCGUCUAUGCUUCACCCAACCCAGAGGAGAUGACCAUCUACUACUACAAGUACAUCCAAACAAACACUUCCUUUAGAGGAGUGCCAGUGGUCCUAAACUUUAGCAAGACCAACUGCUUCCUCAGGUGCUGCAAGGAAGGACAGAAGGUGUUCCUAAAAGUGGAGACAUGCGAGAAGCAGAGGCUGAAGACGAUCUCCAUGAGUGACGAGAGCACCCUCUCCUUCGUCUUCUACAUGAAGGCCGACCGGACGAGCCGGCGGAAGUUUGAGUCAGCGCUGCAUGGCGGCUGGUUCAUCCAAAUAGACAACCAUUUCGAGUCAGUAGAUAUGGCAACCCUGGAUGGGGGGGCGGGAGAUGAAUCGUUCCUCUUCCUCAUUCAGACGUGAUGGCUGGUCACUUUCAUCAGGUGUAUUCUCAGUUCUCAGUCAAGUUUACCUUUUAAAAUUACCUUGUGGAUUUCUAUUGUGACUUAAUAUUAAACAAAAGAAAAACAUGAAAGGAGAACUUUUGUGUGACCCACCUGGUCCAGUGACAGAGACCCACGUCACUGUGUCAAAUUCUGCUAUUGCAGAAGUGCGUAGAUAUGUAUCAUACAACCAUAUCUAAUUCAAAAUAUGUUUUGGGUGUGUGUAUAAUCACAUUUGUUGUUUAUGAAUGAAUAUUUUAUGUUCAGGGGAUGUAACUUUCAUUAAAAAAAGCAUAUAUUCAAAAUAAA